UCUAUCGAACCUCUAGCUAGAACAAAUAAAACGGCGCCGUAUCUCGCUGCAGAUCGACAUGAUUAAUUUAAAAAGUCCUUGAAUGUACGGGGGGGUUUUGCGAAGAAGCGUCUUCAUUUCGUUUUUCUGCGUAUUUUCGUAUACCUAUAUCAAGCGAGUCGUUAGUUAAAUCGUCGUAGUCGUCUGCAAUAAAAUUUCGUUUUAAUCCCCCGAUUUCGUGGGUUUCAACUUUGGUUUUUGAUGACAUUUUAAUGUCAAGAGAUUCGCCAAACAUCAUGCAACGUUUAGUGGCAGCGCUGUUAGUUAUACAGGCAUACACCGUAAACAGUCAACAUUAUAGACAGAAUACUUACCAAGAUAACUAUGUUAGAAAUUCUCCACAAGUUCCACGUCAAAGUGGAUCAUGUCCAGAAAAAGACGGCCGCUAUCCUACGAACACGUGCGAUGGGUAUAUCGAAUGCAAAGACGGUGUUCCAGAAGAAAAAACCUGUUCCGAUGGACUUCUAUUUAACCCAGCAUCUGGAGUUUUCGCUUUUCCUUGCCAAUAUCCCAUUGAUGUUGAUUGUACUGGACGCGAACAAACCCAACCUGCCCAAUCUACAGACGAGUGCCCUCAUCAAUUCGGCUACUAUAGAAUGGGCGACCAGGAGAACUGUGGCAAAUUUAAAAACUGCGUAGACGGAAGAGGGUACAUUUUCGAUUGUCCCGAAGGUUUGGCUUUCAAUGAAGAAUCUUAUAGGUGCGAUUGGCCUGAUAAAGUACCCAGCUGUAAUGCAGAAGCAUAUUUGGGAUUCACAUGUCCCCCAGAUGCAAGAACUUUAGGAUUGGGCUUAGGCCAAGAAGAAUACAGAUAUUUCAGAUCACCCCAUGACUGUCAAAGAUAUUACAUCUGCAUUGAAGGAAGACCAAGGCUGUAUAACUGUGGAGAAGGACAAGCCUUCAAUGAGUUGAUAAACUCUUGUGACGGGGUAGAAAAUGUUACAGGGUGCGCUCAGCCGUCUUACCAGUUAGAUACAAGAUUUGAAAAAGGAAAUAAUGGAAGGAGGGGUCGAUUUUAGGGUGUAACGGCAAUAAUUAUUUAUGUAAAUGUAAAUAUUUAUGUUUAAGUAAUAAAAUAAUUAAGAA